AUACGAUUGGGUGUUACAACCACGUAGCAACGAUUGAGUUGAAAACGCCAUAAUAUAAAUACUGAGGAUAAAUAUCAUCGUUAAUUUCCCGCACUUCCUUCUGUGACGCAUGAUUCGCUGAAACGGUCGGAGAGAACGGAACGUCUCUGAUUGGUAGGCUAAAAGUUUUGACUCCAUCAAUUCCGGACCAUGAGACGCUGCGCUGACAGUUCAAAUUUGCUGUCAAAUGGUUUAUAUAAUUUUGAGAUUAGUCCAACUCUCCGUUCUGCGGUUAAUGACAUUUCUGUAAUAUCACGUGUGCCUACCUCCAAGAUUGCGUUCGACGAUCGCGUGGAUAUUGCCUUCUAAUUUCUACGGUGGUAUAUCAAUGAACAUGGAUACGGACCACGUUAACCUCAACCCUUCCGGGCUUGACACUGUUUAUUACGGGGUUUACGUACCACAGGAGGACUCUAACUGGUUCGAAUCUAAAGACCAGCUAUAUGUCUACACGGACAAGAAUGAGGCUCUCAAUGUAAUCAAGAAAUAUAAAAAAGGUCGCUUUAAAAGUUUUAAAACUUAUGAUGAAGCAAAAAACUUUGCCGAACAUGGCAAUGAACAGUUGUUUUCAUUGACAACGGGGAAUCAAUCAAUUUCAAAUAAACGAACUGGCCAAGGCGAAGAGAAAUCUAGUAAUUUUAAGGCUCCCAAACAUCAAGAAAACGUGCAGUUUAGAAAGUUUAUUGAAAAUGGGGACUUGGCUAGGGUCAAGCAAAUAGUUUGGGAAAAUCCAAGAUACCUGAUCAGCAGUGGUGAUACACCUGCUAUUUUGCGAGAGGGUCCUCGAUACAACGCCUUGCACGUAGCAGUGAGAGUUGGUUGUAGAGCAGACAUGUGCGAACUGAUAUUGAAUACAGUAGGAAAUCCUGACUUUAUUAAAUUAUUGGAUGGGGAAGAUGAUUAUUCAAACUACCUUAAUCGGGCUCAAAUAUUAGUCGAUUUAUAUUUAAACACUCCUACCAAGGGUCUCAAUGAGACACCGCUACAUUUUGCUGUGAAAUUUGGGCUUAAGGAAGUUGUUCAAAUCCUUGUUUCUUAUCCCCAAUGUUUAAAGACAACUCGAAAUAAGUAUGAACAAAUUCCUGCUGAUAUAAUAUGCAGCAGAAAGUGUCAGGAAGAUGAGAUACUAAAGAGGGAAAUACUUUCGUUACUAGACGAAUUAUAUUAUGUGCCUGUGAUAAGAUCUGAGGAUAAUACAACACAACCAUUGAUCGGCGAGCUCUUUUCUCCAACUAGUCCGCUUAAAUUAAACACUGAUCCAAUAAGUCCACGGGUAGAGGUUUCUGCAUUUGCAGGACCGAUGAGUAAAAACAAAGCCGUUGAGUUUAGAAGAAAGUGGAAAACUCCACCUAGAAUACGUAACACUCCGACUAAAAGAUUGAACCUUUCAUUCGAUGAUUCUUAUACUCAGAAUAGCCCUGCAUCAAACACUAUAUAUCGACUACAAGAUACGGAAAAAGGACUUGAACGUGUUGGUAGGGACCUUGCUAAAGAAUAUCACGUUGCAUGGAAAGAGUAUUGGCCUUUCUUGAAUGGCUUUGCCGAUUUGACCAGUAAGGAGGGACUCGCAAAACUUGAGGAGUUUUUUCAGCAAAAAUUCAACAAUCCAUCCGAGCAGAGUACAGAGAAAAUGGACAAUGAAGCAUAUCCAAUUAAUGGUAAUGAUCAAGAGAAAGAUUACGAAAUGAAUGUUCUGUGUACCCAGCUAAGCUUUUCUACAUUGAAUAUACUGGAUCAUCAGGGAUCGAAUAAACUUGAUUCAAUACAAAACCGGUUAUCUUGUGACCUGACUGGUAGCGAUGAAGAAUAUGAAUUUUUCACACCUCCAUCAUCCCCACGAUCUGUAUCCAGCGAUUCGGACGAUGACAUGUAUACUGCUGAACAAGGGGACAUGAUCUUUAUUCAAGGAAACACAGCAUCAAAAUUAGAUUAUGCAGUUUAUCAUGCCAUCUCAGACAUGGAUUUGAGCCCACAUUUGUAUCCGAACAUUUAUCGCUGGCGUCACCAGCUCCGACUGAUUACAGAGAACGAGUCUUCGAGGUCAUAGAUUGAAUACCCCAUUUGCACCACAACGAAAGUUACCAUGGACUCUAUCUCAAAAUUGUGUUAAAACUCUGAAAUACAAUUGAUGGAAAUGGAUGAUCUCGGCGCUUGAUUCACAAAACACAUUAAACGGUAAAUAAUGAUUAUAAUGAGUAUGACGACUCUUUGAAAGAGGAAAAGAUGAUUUGUGUGGAAGACAGAUAUAUGUCAGACAAUAUGUAACGAUUGGAUAUCACAAAAUGUUUAUUGGAUUUUUGUGAAUUAUGCUUUUAGAGGUACAAAACUGAGUACUUCAAAAAUUGGUACUGCGUACUACCCUAAAAAGUGUUAUUACAAAUCCCCCGCGUAACUAAAAAGUGAUUUAUGGAUUUGUCAAAUUUUCCAUGAAUGCUAAAUUAGCCUUGGUGCUCAUAAAGCUUGUUACCUGAUUCAUUCAAAAAUUGAAGAGCGUGGCCUCUGAGUAAAUUUGUUUGUUUCAACCAAAAACUUGCAGCAAACUAAAGGUACUGAGUUUAUGUCACUUGCGACUUCUUUUUUGACAUGCAACAUAAUUUUGUAUCAGUUGUUUCUGUAGCCCAGGGCAAUGGGUCAAAUACAUCCGGCCAGGGACUACGAAAAGUCGAUUCUAUGCUUCCAAUUUUCAUGUAAAUCUGAUACAAUACAAAUUGGUGGUAAAUUUGACCGCUUUUGUGUAAAUCAAAGACUAUAUCUUUAUUACUGAUAUUUUUUAACAUGUGAUAUUCUGUAUUAUUCAGUGUCAAGUAAUUCGAAGCAAUUGAAUUCAGCAUAAUUGUUACGAGAAACAUGACUUACAAAAAUUCGUUCUGUACCUCUUCAAUUAAAAGUCUUUCUGAUUUUAAUGUCUAAAUGCAUAACAAAUAUUUUACGUACGGAACUUUUGUAUUUUU